AUGCACUUGAAAAGAGUGAUUUCCGAAAAGGAAGCGCUUCAAGAUCGUCUUGAGCAAUUUUCGUUACCGAACGCUCAAGCCAUGGAGAAAGCCGAUAGUUGCACUUCAAUGAGUCACUAUUCCAAACCUAGUUUUUCAGACAAAGAGUUGACGGCGGUUAAGGAACGACAACGCCUUGAGCUGGAGGCUCAAAAUGCCACUCUAGAAGAGCAGCGAACUCACAUUUCUAUGCUUGAGAAAGCUUUGAGUAAUGCUCAGGAAAGGCUAGCAAAACGCGAGAAGGUCUGCGACGAACUGACAUUGGCUGCUGAACGAGCAAACCACCUCCAGCGUCUCCUCCACGAAACUCUCCUGGAUAAACAAGCACGCGACGAGACACACGCCCAAGAGCGAACGCAAUGGGAGAUGGAUAUGACGCAACUGAAAAUGCAACUGAACAAAGAUUUCUCUCAGAACGGAAGUCUCAAGAGGAUCAGUCGGUUAACUGGCGAUGCAGGCGAUGAAACAAUCAAUAGGCUCAAAAAGACUAUGUAUGCCAAAGACGAACGUAUCACGCAGCUUGAGCGGACAGUUGUAGAGUUGCAAAGGAGGCUUCAUGAGGAGACCGAACGAAAAAACUGUGCUUUUGGUGCUCUCAAUGAUAAUUUCGAGUCUAAAAUGAAACAAUUUGAAGACGAGAAAGCUGCUAAGGAUCGUCGUAUCACGCUUUUAAGCGAGGAUCGCGGAAAAUUGGGGGAAAUCCUAGAUGUCGGCGGUAAAGAACGUGAUGAUGAUGCUGCACUUGGCAUGCACAAAAUGGAAGAAAUCCGGCAGAAGAUUCAGGAAAGAAAAAGAAAAGGCCGCAUGUGCGCUACUGGAGGACUGAUUGGAAUGGGGGAUCAUUCCCGAUCAUCUUCAGGAUCACUCCUUCCACCGGGGUCUCAUUUGAGGACUUCCUCCGGUCCUUUCGAACAAACCAUCCUGGAUUCGGCAGCACUACUCUCAGAGAUAUCAAAUCCGUACGCCAAUCGACCAUCGGUGUCGUCAGGAUAUCACAACUUCUUUCAAAGUGAAAAACGGGAGGGCACCGACGGUGACAAUGUGUGGAAUGUUUAA